AUGGACUUCUCCGUUUUGCCAAACAACAACCAUCCCGAUAAAUUCCUGCAACUCGAGGUGAAGUCUUUAGUGAAAAAUUCUGCCUUUCUACAAGCCAGCCUGGCGAAAUUCCCAGAAGCAGCUUUACCUGGAGUGCAGCGGUGGCACAACAGGGUCUAUUUACAGAGAGAAAAGAGAAAUGUCACUGAGCUGCCGGGCUUAGACUCGAAUGGGGUCAGCCAAAAAAUGAUAGACAAAGCCCUUGGGAAACACAUUACACCCAUCACCCUGAAAUCCACAAUCAAAAGCAACCCCUUGUACAGUGAUAUCCAGGUGGAUGACGACUGGGAGGAGAAGAAAAAGGCCCCUUCCUGGACCGUGCAAGACUACGACAGACACUCGCUGCACUCUGACUUGGCCAGCCACAUGAAGGAAAAUCCUAAUGAUCUACAGUUCUGGAUGGGGGAUAUUUAUACUCCUGGGUAUGAUACCUUGUUAAAAAAGAAAGAGAGAGAAAAAAAGCAUUCCAAAUGUUGCCGAAUAAUCCUGCUCAUGGUACUAGCUGUUUGCAUCCUGAUUACCAUAGUCACGCUCAGCAUUUUACUUACUUAG